AUGACAAACAUCAACUUAGGAAACAUCACAUUGCGAAUGUCAGCACUCACCCCCUCAGGAAACAGCAACAACGACCCAGCGGUGAACGGGUCAUUGACCACCAACACCACAGGGAAUGCGGAAAUAGAUAAACGUAAAGAGACGGAGACCGACAAAAACAAGGAUACAAGUCAGUCGGCAAAUUCUAGCGGCACAGGUGCCAAAGGAAAAGAAGCCAACCCACCUGAAAAGACAAUCACGUCCAACCAGGGGAACAAGCAAAAAGGGAAAGAACAACCAGAGAAAAACUCGGAAGAGCAACCAUCUUCAACACAAAAAAGCCACUCCAAAAAGCGCGAUAACAUUGAAGAUUCGAUUUCUAGAAUGGAACGAGAUUUCUGCGAAUAUUUCGGAGCAGCACCUCCCAAACUCCCUAAAAUCAAGAAGAUCCAACGUGUCGAAGAAAACCAGACACAAGGACCCAACCAAGCUACCCCUUCCAAAGACUCUCCGUUCGAUUUUGACGAAGAAACAAGGAAGAAAAAACUCGAAGAAGCAUACGCUAGGUUGGAAGAGAUCAACAAGAUGAAAGAAGAAUUGCAGACAAUAAUUAACUUGAUCAAAAGCCAAGAGAAAUCGGCGAUAGACCUCACCGAUUCUCAUACAGACAAGACGCACAGCCCCAACUCCUCAUCUGCACUCGUAGAAGGUGGUCUGUCCUUCGAUCUCACGAAAGCUCCAGACGCAAGCUCAUUCAGUCUGCCAAUUUAUUUCCACAAGAACAUGCAAGCAUUGCAAGGUUCCCUACCGCUCACGGUGUUUAACAAAUCUUGGCAACAAGCGGCGAGCGAUACACACACAGAGUACAAAAAAUCCGAUAAAGACAAUGAUAAGUACAGAGGACACCCUGUCCCAAGUGAAUGGACUCAGUCUCGCUACAACUGGACCGAAAACAUGGACAACCUCAUCACCACCUGUAGAGAAGUCUACAAAUACAUCGGUUUUGCAGACUCCAUGGAAAUCCACAAGAAGAGGGUCAUGACAAUCUUCAAACAGCAACGUAGCUGGGUAGUGGCCUUCCGAUAUGAUCUCACAGUAAGGAAAGCGGUUUUCGCAAUCAGAAACCCGGGAGCAAGCGUCCCAAACCCGGCUCUAGAACCCACAGGCUUACUGGACGAAAUCUACUAUUCAGCCAGAGCCCAAAACGACCUAGUGACCUCUGAUAACCCUUACAGAACUGGAGGCCCCAAAUUCGGUAAAAACCCAUAUUCAGACAUAACAACAGAUCUACCAACAUCCCAAGCUUCGUACCAAGCCAAUUCCCAGGCUAGCUCGUCUUCAGGACCUCAGAGAGUCACUCCAUAUACCAAAGGACCGAGUUUGUACGGAAACUACAAGGGUCGAAACUUCAACGCCAACUACAAAAGGCCAGAGACAGGAAAGAAAGAUUAUAAAGGAAAAGGAAAAGAAAAGAAAGAGUAG